UCAUUCGUCCUUGACCUUAAAAUUUCUGAUUUUUAUUUUCCCGAAUUGUCAAUUUUUCUGCCAAAAAUACACGAAAUUAGGCAGAUUAAAGAACAAAGAUGGUCUGUGGUGGUUUUUCCUGUUCUAAGAAUGCACUUGCUGCAUUAAAUGUCGUCUAUAUUUUGGUUUCGUUUAUCCUGAUCGGAGUGGCGGCGUAUGCUCGGGCCAUCGCCAUAGUAACCAGCCUGGCCAUUGUUGGGGGCAUCAUCGCGUGUGGCGUGUUCCUGUUCUUGAUUGCUCUGAUUGGAUUGGUCGGAGCCGUCAAACACCACCAAGUUCUCCUCUUCUUUUACAUGAUCAUCCUGUUCUUGCUGUUCCUGAUCCAGUUUGCCAUCGCAUGUGCCUGCAUUGCCGUCAACCGCGAUCAACAGGAUAAGUUACUUGAACAAGGAUGGAAGCUGGCCAGCAUUACGACACGAGAGGAAACACAGAACGUGUUCAAAUGUUGUGCAUUUAGGGCUGAAGAUCAGAAUGUACUGCCCAUUGAACCAACAUGUCAAUCGCUGUCAAAAUGUGAUGGUUCAAAAGCGCCAUGCUGCACAGGAGUGCCAAAUAAUUCAACCGUUGCUUGUCCAUUAGCUCCGUGCUACGACACCCUAGCUCCCCAUAUAGACAAAGCUCUGAAAGUUACUGGAGGAAUAGGUUUAUUUUUUAGUUUCACUGAGAUUAUGGGCGUUUGGAUAACUGUGCGAUUCCGCAACCAGAAAGACCCACGCGCCAAUCCUAGCGCUUUUCUAUAAUUCUUACCAAUUGUUGGCGUGUGGCUUGCUUUACGAUAUCGCAAUCAGAAGGAUCCGAGAGCCAACCCGAGCGCAUUUUUAUAACGACCUUGAGCGAAAAAUUAACUGCAACAUUCACGAUACAGCUCGCAGAUUCUGAACAGAGGGAUGUUUGGAGAGAAUACAGAGGGUCGCAAUGGGGCGAAUUUAUGGAUGAACUGCGAUGAUUUCAGAAUGAGAAUUGGAAGAACUAUUACCCUAUCUUAUGCGAAUACAACAAGGGUGUUGCUGCAGUUGUCUUGACGCUCUUAUUUGCCAGAAGGGGGUGCGUUGUGGCAGGAUAUUUGCCCAGCAUCAGAGCAAUUCUGUCACUUGUAAGCUUCACUUUUUGAACUGGGUUGGUAAAAAUAUUUAGGAGAAAAAAUUGUAAAAAGUUGUCAAUUUUUUGUUCGGGCUUGUCGUUGGGGAGCAAAGCACGGCUAAUUUGGCGGGCUUGCUUCCAUUGCUUGUGCUUGUGGCAUGAUAGAAAAAGAGUUUGAACCUCUGUGAGUCAUGCGAUGCUGGUGCCAAUAUGCUGUCAUCCUGAUGUAGCUGAGCUACGUCCAUAGUCAUCGACAGCAAGUGUUCUCUUUAGGAAGGGGGUGUCUACAAGAUAGGUAUUAGGCCAGGUAAAAAUAUAUACUAGUUUCUACUCUCAGCCACCCUGAUUUGGCGAAUAGGUUCAGAUAAGAAACAACUUUUAUUUUUACUUGAUCUUUUGAAACAGACUUUGCUUAACAAAGUUUAUGUUGACGAUGGAACUGCUGUUCCUAUAGUCUUGUGGAUCUUCUGCUAUCAACCUAUAUGAUUGAGUAAGAUGAUGAAAAUAUCAAGAUUUUAACCCUCUGUAGACACCCCACUUCCAACGCGUUAAAUUAUCAUUCCACCAUGUACAUAUAGGUGGAGCUACUAGGAGAAGAAUUUGACCUGCGUGGUGGGACAUGAUUGUCUCGAUAACAUACAUGUCGAGGGCCAGGUUGUGAUCAAAUGUUGGUGAUCUUCGUUCAUGGUGUUUGUCAUAACAUUGGCAUCUUUCAAAGCCACUUGGGAUAUUGUCAUUUUGUGAUCAGCACCCUCGAACAAAGUUCAUGAUUUCUUGUGAAAAAGAGAAUGACUCUCCUGUCUUGGAGUCAUAUAAACCCUCAAAGGACUGAUUCGACCAGCAGUUAUCCGUGUAAGGCAAAUCACAAAAUCAAUGGAAGAUUAAGUCCAUUUAAGAAAUAUUGUUCUUUUGAAAAACUAAGCAGAGCUGAAAUUCUCCCUCUUUCGUGUUUCUCUUCCUUAGUCCUUUGAGGGUUCCCUUGUUGUUUUUUACAGUAUUCUAACAUCAAUACUCUCUUGUAAAUAUACCAUGUUUACAAUACAUGUAUGUAUAAAAGGUUUGCCAUUAAAUUAUACCAUGUACACAUGUAGAUUGAUGCCACGGGUUGUAAAUCGUAUCAUGUACAUGUAGUGUGUAACAUGUAUUAAAGUGUGUGCGAUAUCGGUUGUGUUAUGUGUUUAUGAUACUGGUCAUGUGAUGAGUUAUUGGGAACAUUUUGUAUAGCUUGUUAUCCCUCUUAGAGCUUUGAAUAUCUCUCCCCUCUUGUACGCUUGGAACUUCACGGCUAUCGUUACUGGUCAGUGCCAGGUACCCGAUGAAAACGUCAACCCCCAACCGUCACUACUUGCACUCCGGACAUUCCAUAGCUGCUGCUAGUGGCUCCACCUUAUACAAGAUGGCUAAAUUACGGCCGUUUAUUUAUACAUCGGAUUUGUAAAGAUAUGAGCAUUUGUUUGUUUGUUUGCAGUUUUGCUUGUGUUUCUAGUCAGAAUAGGACAUUUUAUAAGAUAUACAACGUCCGUGUACAUGUAUUAUUGCUUAAGUCGUGAAUCUAGCAUAGGAUUUAAUACAGGUAAAGAACUGGUUUCAUCUAGUCUUGGCACCUUCAACUUGAGGCUGCACUGAUAUUUCGUAGAGGCCAUGUCGGAUUCACCACUUUGAUACGAGACAUUGUGUGAUGGUAUUCUGUUGGCUAAGGCAACGGCUAUGGUAUUCUGUUGGCUGGAUAUGUCACUCCAUGCAUUGUGCCAUGCAUCGUAGUGCAUUGUGCCAUGCAUCGUAGUGCAUUGUGCCAUGCAUCGUAGUGCAUUGUGCCAUGCAUCGUAGUGCAUUGUGCCAUGCAUUGUAGUGCAUUGUGCCAUGCAUCGUAGUGCAUUGUGCCAUGCAGACCAGUAUUUUGGCUACAGAUAAAAUGAUUUUGCAGAAAUAUUAAAUCUUUUCAUGGUCUUUUUAUCUGCAACAUUGCAUGUGGAUUGUAUAAAGAGGUGAUUGUUGGGAUACAGGAACAGUUUGCCCCUCUUUCUAUAAAACAGAGUUCAAAAUGUAGAAGCAUUGCGGUAUUUUGGGAUAAGUUGUAAAUUUACAAUGAAGGUUUUGGAUAUCUUGUCAAUUUUAAAAGAUUUGCAAUCCAAUCCUGAUUAGUGCAAUUGGUUUGUUUCGGUAGCUUGAUUCAUAAAACUUCAAAGUGAAUUUUCAAACUUGAAUGUUGCUCAACUGGUCUUAUCAUAAUACCAAAAUGUUGUAAAUUGCUGUACAGUUUUUGUCAUGACUUCCUAUUUUAUAAUACCUUCCAUUGGAGUGGCAAGUCCAUCAUAGCUGGAAUACCCUGUUUUUCUGCUGCUCAGUGAAGCCUUACGACUCUCCACUUGCUGGGAGACGAUUAGAAUUCACUAUGUAGCCUUACAACUAAAUCACAUUCUUCUGGGCUAUUUGAUUGGCCCAGGACUGCUUGUAGGUUUUGAAAUUCGCUAGAAGUGCAUUUGAAUGGUUUUUCUAUAGCGUCUUUCUGUCAAAUGAUUUGAACAUAAUGUUUAAAGCUGGUAAGCUGUAGACAUGGAUAAAAAUUAUGAGAUUUUGAAAUAUGACCAUACUACCGAAAACAGAAAAGGCAAGGGUAUACCUGAAAUUUCACAUUUCAUAGGUUGUGAUGGACUUGUAAAAUGCAUGUAACUACAUGAUUAUAGCUGCUAUAUCCUCUAGUUUUGUCUCAUGCUUCGCUUUGAUAGUUUGAUAGACAGCUUCAUAUGCCCAUGUUGUUGUAGAGUGUAGAGCUUUCAGAAAAUGUCAAAAGGGACUCGUGAGUCAGAAAACCUGGGGGUCUUCCCUUGACACUGCAACAGAGCCUUAUCACGGCUCUAUAUGAUCUAGUCCCCUCCCUUGUUUGAAUAGCACCACUGCCAGGAUUUCAAAUUCAUAUUUCGAGUACUGUGCAUUAUCAUAUGAACUGUAGGACUCGUUAUUCAGUCAGUAUCACAAAAUAGUUGUGUAUUCCAUGGUGCAAUGCUGCUUCCAGUGGGUGCAGUUUCUAUUUCUAACACUCCGCAAUACAGUUCUUUCUGACAGGUUCAUGCUUGGUCCAUGAGAUACUUUAAAGCCUCGAACGUGUAAAAACACCCAUUGACUUCAUUGAUAAGACUGGAAUAGUGUGACUCCUGUGGCGAUAAUACAUGCACAUGUAGAUGUUUUGACGUUACUGCAGGUCGUGAUUGAACUAGCCAUACGAUGUAGUCUCUAAUUGUUUUAAACAAACAAGUUUGAUAUAUGUAUAUAUACUGGGUAGGUAAUAAAUUUGGUUUCUUUAAAGAAUA